GGACUGCAAGUCCCGAAAUGCUUAGCGGCGUGUAUCCGGAAGUAAUAAGCUACAUCUUUUUUCGGGUCAACGAAAGCGCAACGCAGUUACUUCCAGUUUUCCCCGAAAGAAAGACCUCGCCAUGCCGCCUGGGCCUGUUCAAAUUGUUCAGGCGGAGCCGAACAACAAGAACGAUGCUCCAGCAGAAGAAACCCCAGCCACUAAACCCAUCGUUGGUAUCAUUUAUCCACCUCCGGAAGUUCGAAACAUAGUUGAUAAGACAGCCAGCUUUGUUGCCAGGAAUGGACCUGAGUUUGAAGCAAGAAUCCGUCAGAAUGAAAUCAACAAUCCAAAGUUUAAUUUCCUCAACCCAAAUGAUCCCUACCAUGCCUACUACCGUCACAAGGUCAAUGAUUUUAAGGAGGGCAAAGGACAGGAACCAUCUGCAGCAGUGCCCAAGGUUAUGCAGCAGGCCAUGCUGCAAUCUCAGCAAAAAGUGCAGUCACAGGUGAUUCAAGAGGCAGUAAUCCCCAAAGAACCACCUCCUGAGUAUGAGUUUAUUGCAGAUCCUCCAUCAAUCUCAGCAUUUGAUCUUGAUGUUGUCAAGCUCACUGCCCAGUUUGUUGCUCGCAAUGGCCGCCAGUUUCUGACACAGCUCAUGCAGAAAGAACAGAGGAACUACCAGUUUGACUUUCUGCGGCCACAGCACAGCCUUUUCAACUAUUUCACCAAACUGGUUGAGCAGUACACAAAGAUUCUGAUCCCUCCCAAAGGCCUUCUGGCCAAGCUGAAGAGAGAGGCUGAGAAUCCAAGAGAGGUUAUGGACCAGGUGAAAUACCGUGUUGAGUGGGCCAAGUUCCAGGAGCGUGAGAGAAAGAAGGAGGAAGAGGAAAGGGAGAAAGAACGUGUCGCAUAUGCACAAAUUGACUGGCAUGACUUUGUGGUGGUUGAGACGGUGGAUUUCCAGCCCAACGAACAAGGCCACUUCCCUCCACCUACCACACCAGAGGAGCUUGGCGCUCGCAUCCUAAUUCAAGAGCGCUAUGAGAAGUAUGGAGAAAGUGAGGAGGUGGAGAUGGAGGUUGAGAGCGAGGAUGAAGACGAUGAACGGAGCAGAGUGGUUCGGGGCGGAGGUCAUCACUCACAACCUGAUCAAGACACACAAGUGCAGGACAUGGAUGAGGGAUCUGAUGAUGACGAUGAUGGCAUGAAGGCUCCAUUGCCACCAGACAACCCUAUGCCGCCCCCACUGCCCCCAACUCCAGACCAGGUUAUCAUUCGCAAAGACUACGAUCCCAAAGCUUCCAAGCCUCCACCCUCAAUCAUUACUCCAGAUGAGUACCUUAUCUCACCAAUUACUGGUGAGAAGAUCCAAGCCAGUAAGAUGCAAGAGCACAUGCGUAUUGGUCUGCUGGAUCCGCGCUGGCUGGAACAAAGGGACCGCAGCAUCAGAGAGAGGCAGACCGAAGAUGAAGUCUAUGCUCCUGGUUUGGAUAUCGAGAGUAGCUUGAAACAACUGGCUGAGAGGCGAACGGAUAUCUUUGGUGUGGAAGAGACGGCUAUCGGUAAGAAGAUUGGUGAAGAAGAAAUACAGAAGCCAGAGGAGAAGGUUACUUGGGAUGGCCACUCAGGAAGUAUGGCUCGUACCCAGCAAGCAGCGCAGGCCAACAUCACCCUACAAGAGCAGAUCGAGGCCAUUCACAAGGCCAAAGGACUGGUGGGAGAGGAUGACGCCAGGGAGAAAAUUGGUCCAAGCAAGCCUAGUGAAAUUCAUCACCAUUCUGCCAUGUCCUCAAUGGGCAUGUCUAAACCCGGUCCACCAAUGUCGAUGCUUCGCCCACAACACUCUAUGCCACAAGUGCGCACUACUCUCCUGUCUGCUAUACCAGUCAUUCCAAGGCCGCCUAUGUCUCCUGUGGUGCGCCUUGCAUCAGGACAAGUUAUAUCGCCAAUACCUACCAUGAUUCCUACUUCCCGCCUCAAUGUGGUCCAAAUGCCUUCAGCACACAUGAUGGCCCCGAGACCACCUCCCAUGGUGGUUCCAACUUCAUUUGUCCCUGCCCCUCCAAUACAACAACCCCAACACUCUGCUCCUGCACCACCAUCCCACCCACUGCCACCUCACGAGGAUGAACCAGUCAACAAGAAAAUGAAAACGGAGGAUAACCUUAUGCCAGAGGAGGAGUUCCUUCGUAGAAAUAAGGGUCCCGUUGCAGUUAAAGUGCAGGUACCCAACAUGCAGGACAAGACCGAAUGGAAGCUGAAUGGCCAAUUGCUGAAUUUCACUGUCCCACUCACAGAUCAGGUGUCUGUUAUUAAAGUCAAAAUCCAUGAAGCUACGGGCAUGGGAGCAGGAAAGCAGAAGUUACAGUUUGAGGGCAUGUUCAUUAAAGAUUCCAACUCCCUGGCUUAUUACAACAUGAGCAAUGGCGCAGUGAUUCACCUGGCACUGAAGGAGAGAGGUGGAAGAAAGAAGUGAGCCAUGCAGCAAGAAAUAUUUUACAUGUGAAUGUUUUUUCACUCGCUGAAUUCUUGGCAUGUCAUUUUAGUUUAAUGACAAUUUUCAAAAUUAUAAUGUUUUUUUUCUUGUCAACUUUAAGUGCUAAAUGUAUUGUACUGUCAGGCAUGGCUUCACACUAAUGAUGAUGUAUCGUAACUUGUAACAUGUAGAGACCCAUUAUGCUAAAUAAAGGAAUACUAAAUAAA